UAGCCAUAUUGAAAUAUAAUUUAAGUAUUGUUUAUAUGGCUAAAUUUAAAUGAGCAGUUCAUCACUAGCUGAAGUAAGAGAAGGAAAUAAAUAUUUGUAAUUCCAAAAAAAAGAACACAGGCGAACGCUACUGUCAAGUUGUCCGGGAAAAGAGCGUCGCCAAUUCACGAGAUCAUUUGACUCUUCAGGAUAUCCGUAGUCGACGUCAUCAGAUAAAGACAGAUAUUUACGUGGUUUCUGUGCGUGGAUUUAAGGAAUGGAUUGGCAAUUAUUGGUGCCAGUGAACGCUUGCUAAUUGUACGAUAGGCAGGAACAAUCAGGAUCAAUUGUCAUAAUGGCUGACUAUUGGAAAUCACAACCCAAAAAAUUCUGCCAGUACUGCAAAUGUUGGAUUGCGGACAACAAACCGAGUGUUGAGUUUCAUGAAAGGGGGAAGAAUCACAAGGAAAAUGUGGCUGCUAAAAUUUCAGAGAUUAAGCAGAAGAGCAUGGACAAGGCCAAGCAGGAGGACCGCAUGUCGAAGGAGUUUGCAGCGAUGGAGGACGCGGCGAUGAAGGCCUUUCAGGAGGAUCUGAAACGGCUCCAGGCCGAAUCGGCCAGCACAGAGGCUGAAGCCUCCGGAAGCAGCCAAUCGGGGACUUGGCUUGAGGGCGUUUCUGAUGAAGGACACACCUACUACUACAACACGCUGACCGGGGAAUCCCAGUGGGAGAAGCCCAAAGGUUUUCAGGGGAAAGAAAAAAAUCAGAAGAAAUCAAAACAGAGGAGAGCGAAUGAGAAAUCUCAGAGUUGCCGGUGGAUGGAGGCCCAGAGCCCAGAAGGCUAUAUCUACUACUACAACUCAGUCACCGGGGAGAGCAGCUGGGAGAAGCCGGCGGGGUACCGUCCACCGGAGCGGACGGCCAGGAGCGGAGAAACAGGGGGGCAGGGGGACCACGCGCCCCCCCUGCGCGACCCCCCCGCAGCGGAGGAGAAGAGCUCAGAGAAGGCCACAGCCCCGUCUGAGCCAGAGGCUAGCAGGGUGCCACAGGUCGCCAAGAUCAGCUUCAGGAAAAGAAAACUAGAGAAGCCUCCGGAAGGGGAAGCAGAGGAGGACAAGGCUGACAGCGGAGAGGAUGAUGGGAAUGAGGAAGUGGAAGACGUACACGAGAAACCCGCUCAGUGUGACAAAGAGGAGGAGGAGGCGGAAGAGAAAGAGAAAGCAGAGAAGGAGAAAGCAGAAGAUAAAGAGAAAGAGGAGGCGAAACCGAAAGAGAAGGCUGUGGUGAAAAAGCCCAGGAAGACCAACCCUUAUGGGGACUGGGAGCAAAUCCAGGAGGAGAUUGACCCCUAUGAGAACGUGGAUCUGCAGCUCCCCCAAGUGGAGGGUGUGUAUACUGCUCCAGCUCCCUGCGAACUGCCCCCAGAGCCCAAGGUGAAGUUCAGAGAGCGGACCAUCACCUCGCUGGGGGGCGAGGGGGGCGAGGCGGGGGCAGUCUUCCGGAAGAGGAAGGCGGAAAACGGGAAGUCCAGGAGCCUUCGGCAGCGGGCGGAAGAUGACUGAGGAUAAACAUGGACUCUCAGAUUCAGGCUCGGAACGUUCUGCCACUCUCUCUUAAGAGACUGUGAAUCGUCUCCAUUUUAAGAAAGGUUUUUUUUUUUCCAGUUUUAACAGCAGGUCUGACUGGACCCCUUUUUUCCGCCCUUGACACUGGUAUGUUCAUAUUCAAGCAGUUUGUUGACCACCUCUGUGAGCACAUUGUGUGAUUAUUCGUUUUUUUUAAAUGCCUAAGGUUGUUGGAGAUUUGAAUAAUACACAGAUUCUGAUUGUGUAUGGACAGUUUUUGAUGAAUAACGUGACUGCAAAUCUCAGAAUAUUUUUAUAAUGAGCUAAUGAAAUAAGAUUGGCAACAUGCCGACGGACAGUUAUCAUGUGGGGUCCAUCAGUGCAGGUUCCUGUGUUUGGCCCCUUCUCAUGAAUUAGCACCACAGGGUUUGAUUUCCUCAUGAAAGACAGAAUGGAAAAUGCUCUGUGUGGGUAGGAAGUUUACCCCCCGUCUGUCAUUUGAGAAAUGUUCAAGUUUACAAUUUUGAAUAAAAUAUUAAAGUGUUUUGGUAAUGGGUCAAAACUUAAA